AACAAAGAAAGGGAGAAGCAAAAAUGAAAUUUGCAAAUGCACCAAUUUCAUUGGUAUGCAUUAAAACUGAGAUAAAUACCUUUAGAAAUCGGUAUGCCUACCACCGAUCGUUUGCAUAAUAACAAAAAGAGAUAAGUCAAAGCCACAAAGAUGGCCUUCGCCGACCUAAACCUUCUGAAGCCCCUGUCCAAGAUCAUCCUCUUCCUCUGCCUCGUUCUCAUUUUCACUUCUUCACUCGGCUUCUGCAAACCCACACUCGACAAAGACCCGACCCCAACCCCAUGGCCGCUCCAAUUCCACUCCAUCCUGGUGAUGAACUAUAGUGGAAUUCUGCAGGUAAUCGACCUCUGGUACGACUGGCCCAAUGGAAGAAACUUCAACAUAAUUCAGCACCAGCUUGGUAAUGUCCUCUAUGACCUUGAGUGGAACAAUGGCACUUCCUUCUUUUACACCCUCGAUUCCUCCAAAACCUGCAGUAGUGCACACGUUGAGGUUGGGAUUUUACGCCCCAACUGGCUAGAGGGUGCUACGUACUUGGGUCAGCAACACGUGGAUGGGUUCCUUUGCAAUGUGUGGGAGAAGGUCGAAUUUAUCUGGUAUUUUGAGGAUGUUGUCACUAAGAGGCCCGUUCAUUGGGUCUUCUACACGGGGAGGGAGGCACAUGUGAUGACAUUUGAAGUGGGAGCAGUUCUUGAGGAUUCCAAGUGGCAAGCCCCCGUCUACUGCUUUCACAACACCACCGCCUCAACUGAUUCCACUAGCCGCAGAUUGCUGGAUGGAGUUCUCAAAGGAUUUAAGUUUAGAGUUUGAUGAAGGAGGAAUGAAGGACGAGAAAUUCUAUGGAAGGUCAACAUGAGGAUGCAAAUGCUUAAAACGUGCAUGAAGAAAUUUAAGCCCACUUCAAAGCCCAACGUGCUGAUUAUUUGCUUUGUCCAUUGUCCGCUGUGCAGCUUUGAUGGAAAAUUUAAAUGUGUUUUGUUCUUUGCAUUUGAAGGAAAAACUAUGUUCAAUUUGUCUGAUUAUUUGCAUUGUUUUAUCACCGUCUUUUGCUUCUUUCUUGUUUUAUUUGCAUUUGAAGGAAAAAACUAUGUUCUAUGUGUCUACUUUAACUUGUAAAUUUAACAUUGUUGUAAGUUAACCCAUCAUUAGUAAGAAUAUUCUUAUCUUAGCAACUCAA